UAUACUCAGACGUCUCUCAAGACUCGAAGUAUACACAAGUGCUGGGCCCUGUUGGUCAUGCAGUGUGUUUUACGAUUUUAAUAGUAAUUUUUUUUAUACCGUAGUCGAGUUUUUUUAAAUAAUUUAUUUUUUUAUCUCGAUUUCGCACAUAUUUGGUGAAUAACUAGAUAUUGUAUUUUGAAAUUGUAUUUUUUAUUGCCAUUUGUUUUAAAGUUGUUUUGACGUUUUUCUGUUAACGAAAUUUAUUAUAGCACAGAAAAAUGGCGUUAGAUCUACAUCGAAAAAAUGAGCUACGCAAACCGAAGAAGUCGUACGAUGAAAUAAUGAAGGACAUUGUGACCGAGGAGUAUCCUCUGGACCCGCUGGAAAUCGUGGGCGAAAGGAGUUUCGAUGACCCUGCAACACUCGAAGAGGCCGACAAGCUUAAGGGAUCUGACGUCCAAGAAUUUUACAGAGAUGCUACUAUCUUCCUAACUGGUGGAACUGGUUUUAUGGGCAAGAUGGUCAUUGAAAAGCUCAGCCGCUCUUGUCCAAAUCUCAAACACAUUUAUUUGCUGAUCAGAAACAAAAAAGGCAAAGCCGUCAACGAACGUAUCGACACAAUAUUCGAAGACAGGUUGUUCAUGAGGUUGAAGCACGAAAGACCCAAGUUUUAUCACAAAAUCUCAGCUGUUGCCGGCGACGUCUCCAUGCCGGGUUUGGGCCUGUCGGCGUCUGACCGUCAAAAGUUAGCCGACGAAGUUAACAUAGUGUUUCACGCUGCGGCUACCAUUAGGUUUGAUGAACACAUUCGCACCGCCAUUGACAUCAACGUGCUAGGCACCCGGGAAAUCAUCAAGCUGGCCAAAGAAAUGACCAACCUAAAGUCUUGUAUGUACGUGUCGACGGCUUACGCCAACUGCCCCCGCAAAGUAAUCGAAGAGAAAUUCUACGACGCGCCAUACAACUACGACGGAGUCAUAUCUCUGGUGGCUUCAGCGAAUGACGAUAAAAAGUUAGAAGACAUUACACCCAGCUUGGUCGCCGGUUGGCCGAACACCUACACCUUUACAAAAGCUUUAGCCGAAGAUCUGGCCAAACACGAAUCCGUCGGUUUACCGUUCGGCAUAUUCAGACCAUCAGUCGUUAUUUCGACUUACAACGAGCCCGUCCGAGGCUGGAUCGACAACGUUUACGGACCGAUCGGUAUGAUCGUGGGAGUUGGUACCGGAGUCUUACACACUUACCAAUGUAACAUCAACAACGUGGUCGACAUGGUGCCCGUAGAUUUGACCGUCAAUGCGUUGAUAUGCUCAGCUCACAAAGUCGGCAAAACCGCUUCAACCAUUCAAAGGGAUCCCCCAAUAUUCAACUACGUGAGCUCUAGCCAAAAUCCCAUUCUACUGGGCGACUUCUUUGAUGUAAUUAAGAAACACGGAUUGCCCCAUUGGCCGACCAUCAACGCUAUUUGGUAUUAUUCGUUCGUACCCACCACUAACCCGUACUUGUACGCUUUGUUGUUCCUAUUAUUCCACACGAUCCCCGGAUACGUUUUUGACUUUUUGGCUCAAAUGACCGGAAAACAGCCCAUCCUGGGUAACAUCUACAGGAAAACCAAGAAAGCCAGUGCCGCCUUGAUUUUCUUUGCCCACAGACAGUGGGACUUCCGAAACAACAACACACAAGCGCUUUGGGACGAAUUGUCGGAGGAGGACAAAAAGACGUUCUUCUUCGACAUGAAAACCAUGUCGUGGGACCAGUACGCGAAGGCUUGUGUUAUCGGACUGAGGUUAUAUCUUGUAAAGGACGACCUUAACACACUAAAGGCUGCUAGAAAUAAGUGGAAGAAGUUACACAUGGCCCACAUUUUAUUGAAAGUCAUUGUUGCCUUUGUUUUGUUACGCAUUUGCUGGUUCAUCGUCAACACAAUGUAUUAAUAAUUGUACAAUUUGUUAUUGGGGAACAUAAUAAGCAUGUAUAGGAGAGUCUUGUUGAUGUUUGAAUUAAGUUAUGAUAUUUUAUUUUACAUGUAUACGUGUAUAUUUAAUUAUUUUUUGAUCUCUGAUUGGUUGUAUAAUGUCUCUAAAAUUCAACUAAAUCAGAGUACAUAGUGUUUGUAUAUUUUUUAUUGAAAGAUUCAUGCAAGUUUUAUUGAGUGCAAUUAUACAAUUAGUCUUUUGUAAUA